GCUCGGGCUUACGGCUUUCAGUCGAACGAGAGAUCUGUUUUCGGGCGGACGGGGCGGAUGAGAGAUAUCGCAGGUCGGUCGGUGCGGGCUAUUCAGGUGCCCGGAACGGAGUGAUAAGGAUUCGAAGCCCCAAACAGAAAUGCGCCGUGACAAGAGCUUCAAUUAGCAUUCAAAGAGCCCCAUCAUCGCGAUCCCACCAUUAAUCGCAGUAAUCCCCGUCCGAUGGAGGAGGACGUGCUGAACGCCCUGCAGACGCGCUGCGCCUACUUGUCCGGCGGAUUCGACCGCCAGAAGCGCAUCAUCUUCGUGGUCAACGUCUUCAACGACUUUCAGCUAUGGAACCGCCACUAUCUGCAGGUGACUCUGGACUAUCUCAAGCGAUCGCUCAGCGCCUCGGUUCUGCAGAACGGCGUGAGUGUCGUGGUCAAUGCCCAGGAGAGUAGUUCGCGGAUCUCGAGGCAGCAGGUGCGCCAGAUAUACGCGCUCUUUGGAGGCGACAUCAGCGUGGAUUUGUAUCUAGUCAGGGCGGAGGGCUUUUGGGAGAAGCAUGUGGAGCCGUGCGCCAAGUCCCAGACCAAGGGAGAGCCCCUGGUGCUGUCCAGAUCCCGCCUGGGCAAGUACAUUGAGCCGCACAACCUGCCCGAGGAGCUCGGCGGCUCCUUGCAGUUCAACUACGAUCUGUGGCUGCAGCAGCGCAAGUCCAUCGACGAGUUCACCAAGGCGCAUGCCAAGACUCUGGGAUCGAUGGAGAAACUGCUGGCUCUUCUCCGGGCGAACAAGUCGCUCCGGCCGGCAGAAGCGGAUGUGGAGCUGAAGAAGUGCGCCCAGCUGCACACCGCCGUCCAAAACGGCAUAGAAUCGGCCAUCGACAUGGGUAACGCGAUCUUGGCCCGUUUCAACGAGGUCUACGAAACGCAUUCGACGCCGCCACAAGCCGCCGCACCUGUCUCGGAGGCACCCUCCCCGCCGGGCACUGCACUGGCCCUCCUGCAGAAGCCCCCGCUGCCGCCGGACCUGGCCUGCGAGCGGGCCCGCAUCGAAUUGCGGUUGAACGAGAUCGAGAAAAAGCAGACUGCCAUUCGCACGGCCUGGCUGGAGCUCCUGCGAUCGCUGAGGGAGGCCCGCGAGUUGGCCACCUUGGAGGAGGGCGUGGCCUUCGUCACCAACUGGAUUCUCCAGCAGGCGGAGCAGCUGCUGAGCCGCCAGCGCAGCGUGGGUCGGGACGUGCGGGGCUGCGAAGCUCUGCGAUCCGCCCACGACCAGCUGGAGAUGGAGUGCCGGGAGACCUACGGCUGCUACGCGGAGCUGCUCUACAAGAUUGAGCGGUUUGUGGGGGAGCGGGAGACGUCGCCCAAGGAGCUGGAGUCCUGCCAGGACCUGCUGUCGCAGCGGGACUUUAUGCAAUUCGUGUGCCGCUCCUUUGCCAAGAGGCUGGAGCGGCGCAGGAACGUCCUGAUGACCGCCUUGCGAUUCCACCGCCUCCUGGAGCAGUUCGAGGAGCUCUUGGCCCAGGGGAGGCACGUCGUGGAGGUGGACAGCCGAGCGCUGGACUGGCCCGAAGCGGACAACCUGCUCACGCAGCUAAAAACCAAUCAGCAAUUGUUGGGCAACGUCGAACGCGAACUUCUGCGCGAAGGUGAAAAACUGAGCGACAUGCUCGCGAUGCCGGUGAAAGAUGCCCUGGGCCGUGACCUCCAGCUGGACUACAGCCAAGACAUCGCCCAGCUGCGCCGGCAGAUCGAGGCGAGCCGCCAGCGGCGUCAGCUGUGCGGCCAGCAGAUGGCUCUGCAGCGGCUCACCUUGGAGCAGGUGACCCACAUACACGCCUAUGAGGAGGACGUGCGGCGGGCUCGGGACUGGCUGCAGGAGCUGUACGCUGUCUUGCUGCGCUGCCACUCCCAUGUCGGCUGCAACAUCCACGAGAUCCAGCUGCAGAAGGACGAGCUGCAGGGGUUCGAGGAAACCGGACGGAGCAUAUACCACUAUGGCUGCCAACUGUUGGAGGCCUCCCAGACCUUGCGACUCUGCUGCAAGUCCGAUCCUUCCCAGACUUCUAUUAGCGAGCAGUUGCAAUUCACUUGGCACAGCCUGCAGUCGAUUGCCCAGGAGCAGAUGACCCGGCUGCGGGUGUCGGCGGUGUUCCAUCGCAGUGUGGAGGCGUACUACCGCCAGUUGCGCGAUCUGCGUCCACUGCUCACCCAGGAGCUGUCCGCCCAACUGCAGCAGCAACAGCGGCAGCAGCACAACCGCAGCAGCAGCGGAAUCAGCAGCGAUGCUGAGGGGGAAACUGAGUCGGAACUGUCGCCCCUGGGGGAGGUGCCCCCGCGACUUCAGCGCCACUUGUUGGCCAGGGAGCAGCUGCUGGUGGAGGUGGGUCGGAUGGUGCGGCUGGGCAGACUUCUCAAGAAGCGGCUGAAGGAACCCUUUGUCUUGGACGCCCUGACGGGCAAGAGUAUCGUAGCUGACGAACUGCCCCUGGACUGCAGCCCGAGUCCCUUGCACGACAGCGGACGGACCAGCAGUGAGCCCGGCAGCGAUGGUUUUCCUGGAGAUCCCCAAAGGAACACUGUCCAGGUGACUCCCACGGGAGGCAACGAACUGGCCUGCGCCGCCAUAUCGCACAAGCUGGGUGCCAUCGCCGAAGUGGCCGAGUCCCUGGACGCAGUCAUCCGCGAUGUCCAGCUGCACGAGGAGAACACCGUCAAUCCCGGAAACACUGGACAUGCUAUCAAGAAACUCGGAAGCAUUGAGGACUGGCACUCCCGCUCCACAGAAGACGAAUCUUUCGCCACCGCCUCCGAGGGCAACUUUACGCCAAAUUCGCACUCGUCCUCCUUCCAGACUGCCUCCGGACGCACUAGCUCAUACAUCGGCUCGGCGAAGAAUUCCUUCGACGAGGCCGACGAUUCCACACUGAGCACCUUCGAGAUACCCGAACUGCCAACCUCUCCGGUCAACUUUUCGUUCGACAGCUCGGACCUGAGCUACUUCUCGGCCCAUCAGCCGCAGACUAUGAGAAGCGAGGACCAGGACAGCGUGGCCGGAGUGGCGGACUUGCACAGCCAGAGCGCCACUCCCACCCCCGACGAGGAGACGCAGCACCUGCUGCUGCCACUCCCGCUGCCCCAAGCCAUCGAGUCGGACAGCGAGGUGGAGGGCUUCAACUUGGCCACGGGGGUCACGACGGAGAUAACCCCCAGGAUGUCGAAUGCCCACACGCCAGAGGUGAGCUGUCAGCCCGCAGACUACUCCGCUCCAGCUUCCACUAAUCCGAACGAGCCAAAGCCGCCGACAUCCUGGCGGCGCAGCAAGUACUACGAGAACAUAACGAAACAAACGAUCAAGGGAUUCCUCUGAUCGGAUCAGAGGAGAUCCGAACCACCUGUCCCACCUCGAAAAUUGAGAGAAGAAAAACGAUUUCCCGCCCAACUAACCCGCGCCAUUUGCUUUGCUGCCGAUGCCCGACGUUCUUGCCAUUAAUUAGCAGAAAAAUUUGUUGGCAUAUUAUUUUAAAUUUCCCAAAAACUUAUUUUGGCCCAUGAGCCAAGAGUUCUGGCCUUUCUUUGUUUCGUUUUUUAGAUUGGACCAAAUAUAAUGUUUCAUUUUAGUUUUGGUUGCAAAUUAUACUAAUUUUCCUAGCCUCUUAGCACCUUAUUGUUUGUACGCUGCUUAUUCCGUAUUGUAUUGCAUGGAAUGCUAGUUCUUAACUUAUUUAUUUCGAUAGUUGAAUAUAGGCUAAGAUCCGCAAUAUUAGAGAAUUCCCAACGCCCAAAAUUGACUGGAGAAUCAGGCCAAGACACUCGCCACAGCCAAUCGAAAUUUCUGCCAUUUAUAUUACUUGAAUUAUUUAUUAAAAUAUUAUUCCCCAUACAGUCACAAAAUAUAUAGUGCAAUUAAUCACCCAAA